AGUACAAUAGCCACAUUCUGGUCAUGUUUGAUUCAAACAUUGUAAUCCUGCUCGAGUGUCUGGCCGUUUUUGUGCCACUCUACUAUUCUCUUGUAGCAGCUAGAUGGCUCAAUACUUCUUCUAAGGCAAUCCGUGUGUUGUCCGCAUCAUCAUCAUCGAAAAAGCUCAAUCAUGUGAGCAUCAAAAAGAUUGCAAUUGAUCAUGCUGGCUCAAUCUCUUCACUGGACUCUGCUCAAAUUGAGAGAAACAUCGAGCGCCUAAAGCACGAAAUCGGUGAUUCAACGCUGCAAAAUCCAAGUCGCAACACAUCGGCGACCGUCAUGUAGAAAAGGAAAGAUCUUUAAAAUACAAUGUGCAAAUGGGCGAAAUAAAGGAUUUCGAAAAGCGUGAC